UUCUUAAUAAACAACCUCAAUACAAACAUUUUCGAGUAAUAGGUCUCGAAAAAUUGUGUUCAAGACCCUUAAAAUUCAAGAGGGUUACGUUCAGAUAAGGUUUUCGAGUCAGGUAACAUUUUGUUAGAUCGAUCUACGUACGUACGUACUUCUAUAUAUGUAACAAAAUGGCCAAACUCAUGACAAAUAAACAUAUAUCAACCAUAUGUUUUCUUUGCAUGGUGCUUAUUAACCUACCAUGGUCUACAUUAGCUACUACAACGGUCUUCAACGUGCUAAACUACGGCGCGAAACAAACCGGUUUAACCGACACGAGCGAGGCCUUCAUCGGUGCAUGGGAGGCCGCAUGCGAAACGAGUGGUCCCACGUCGAUUGUGGUCCCUAAGGGGAGGUACUUGCUCCACCCAGUUCAGUUCAGUGGCGUUGGUUGUAACAGCGGUGGUAUAACGUUCUACAUUGACGGGACCAUAGUGGCGCCUCUUGAUUAUCGUGUGCUCGGUGGCGUGGACCGGUGGGUCGGGUUUGAUAGGGUUGAUGGUGUUACAAUUGCGGGUCGUGGAUUUUUUGAUGGUAAAGGUGCUUCUUUGUGGGAUUGUAAGAAGGGUAAAAAUGGGGAUAAUUGUCCUCUAGGUGCAUCGACAUUAACAUUUACCAGCUCCAACAACAUAGUGAUCAAAGGGAUUACUUCACUAAACAGCCAAUUGUACCAUAUUGUGAUCAAUGUAUGUAAGAAUGUUCUAAUCGAAGCCGUCAAAAUCCGAGCCGCCGGAAACAGCCCUAACACGGAUGGCAUUCAUGUACAAGUCUCUUCCGAGGUCACCAUCAAGAACACUAACGUUAAGACGGGAGACGAUUGCGUCUCCAUCGGUCCUGGCACGAAAAACUUGUGGAUUGAACGUAUCGCGUGUGGCCCUAGUCAUGGUAUUAGCAUUGGGAGCCUAGCAAAGAGUAUGGACGAAGAAGGGGUACAAAAUGUGACAGUGAAGACGGCUGUGAUUUCAUACUCCACAACUGGUGUGAGAAUUAAGUCAUGGGGAAGACCUAGCAAUGGAUUUGUUCAAGGGAUCAUUUUUGAGGAUAUUGUCAUGCGUUAUGUUUGGAAUCCUAUUAUCAUUGACCAAAAUUAUUGCCCCCACAAUAUAAAUUGUCCUGGCAAGGAAUCGGGUGUAGAAGUAAGUAACGUGAAGUAUGAACGUAUACGAGGAACUUCGUUAAGCGAAGUUGCCGUGAAAUUCGAUUGCAGUGGUUCGAAUCCGUGCACCGGAAUCGAACUCCGGAAUAUCAAUCUUACCUAUGUUGGUAAAGAAGGUCCAACUCAAUCAUAUUGCAAAAAUGUAGUUGGGAAGGUCAAAGGCUUGGUCAAACCUCAAAGUUGCUUAAACUCAAAUAAGGAUUUCCAUUUCCCUCACUUGUCUGGAUGAUUUAACUUUUUUUAUUUUUUUGUUUCUCAAAGUUGUAUAUUUAUACGGUGUACGUAGUAUGAUUUUUUAGGAGAUUCGUAUGUAUGUCUGUGUACGUAUAUAUUUUUUAGAAAUUUUGAAAGAUUUGUAUGUACUUUUUCUGUUUCUUAAUAUAUAAAUGCAUCAUAUUG